GAAUGUGUGAAGAUGGAGGUGGUGGCGGUGUUGAGUCGUCCCUGUCUGCUUCGACGCCGCUCUACUUGCUGCGGCAGGAACAGCGGCGAACCGAUCUCGUGGUGACCACGGAAACGACAGGGAAACGUCCGGUUAACCUAAAGGUAAUUUGGGAAAUGUAGUUGUUAAACACACCCAAACAGACGUCCUUGCUUGUAAAAUAAACUACAAACAUGGUAUCGAUUGAAAUGUAAUGGGAAUUGUAGUGUUUAACAAUCACAGCAUCCAACGGGACGCCCUGCAAGAAAACUUGAGAGUUUAGCAUUCAAAGGUAAACACAAAAUUGAACUAGCAGAAAAAAGAGGAACACUUAAUGAAAUGUUAGCAAUUUACCACGACCGGCACUUCCCCACGUCACAUAUUUGUCGUAUCUUUUAUAGACUUCUGAUAACUUUCAGGACGAGUUGCAUCAUUUUCCGUGCCCUUUCUGGUGAACUAGGAUUUGUCAAUUUUUUUUCUUGUUUUCACCGACACAUUCGAGAUCGUUUUGUGAUCCUCAGCAUGAACGUGCUCACUACUUGACACAAGCCUUACUUCGCCUGAUGCUUGUCAAACAGGAUGAGGGAUCAGGACAGGUAGGGGACAUGGAUUCACACCCAACAACGAUGCCCUGAACUGGGAAACAUCUGCUGAAGUGCCCCUUUCAAUGUAACUAUGGCCUCAGCGCCCUCUGGUCCGGGCGCCGCCCCUCUGGGCUCGCAGGUUCAUGCCGCCGCUGUCAAUGGCGACAGGAACACGCUGCACAAACUCAUCACAGCAGAGCCAGUCCUCCGGGACCGUGAGGAUCAAUUUGGCCGCACCCCUCUCAUGUACUGCGUGCUGGCUGAUCGCCUAGACUGUGCAGAAAUUCUGCUAAAGGCCGGAGCCUCAGUCAACAAGACCGACCACAGCCAGCGCACGGCUCUGCACCUCGCCGCACAGAAGGGAAAUGUUCGUUUCCUCAAGCUGCUGCUGUCUCGACACGCCAACUGGCUCCAGAAAGAUUUGGAAGAGAUGACCCCGCUGCACCUUGCCACACGACACCCUUCUCCAAAAGCCCUCGCGUUGCUGCUUAAACACAUUGGCCCAGGGGAGGUCGACACACAGGACAAGAACAAGCAAACUGCCUUGCAUUGGUCAGCGUUUUAUAACCGGCCGGAGCACGUUCGCCUCCUCAUCAAGCACGACUCCAACAUCGGCAUCCCUGACAGCGAGGGCAAGAUCCCCCUGCACUGGGCCGCGCACAGCCAGGAAGCCAGGGCCACGCAAACUGUCCGCUGUAUCCUGGAAGCGGCUCCCACGGAGUCCCUGCUGAACUGGCAGGACUACGAAGGUCGGACACCCUUGCACUUUGCUGUCGCCGACGGUAACGAGGCAGUGGUGGAGGUGCUGACGUCCUACCAGGGCUGCAAUGUGACCGCUUACGAUAAUCUCUUCAGGACACCGCUGCAUUGGGCCGCCCUGCUCGGCCAUGCCAGAAUUGUCCACCUGCUGCUGGAGAGGAACACAUCAGGCACUAUUCCCUCCGACAGCCAGGGAGCGACACCUUUGCAUUACGGAGCACAGAGCAACAAUGCUGAGACAGUAGGUGUGUUUCUUUCUCACCCAUCAGUGAAAGAUGAGCCUGACCUGGAGGGCAGGACGGCCUUCAUGUGGGCCGCGGGCAAGGGCAGCGAUGAUGUCAUCCGCACCAUGUUAGCCCACACGCCUCACAUUGACAUCAACAUGGCCGACAAGUAUGGCGGCACCGCGCUACAUGCAGCCUCCCUGUCAGGCCAUGUUAGCACUGUCAAAUUGCUGUUGGAGAGGGGAGCCAUGGUGGACUCUCUGGAUGUAAUGAAGCACACGCCGCUGUUUCGUGCCUGCGAGAUGGGACAGAGGGACGUCAUCCUCACGCUCAUCAAAGGCGCCGCACGUGUGGACCUCGUGGACGUGGACGGUCACACUGCACUCCACUGGGCAGCUUUGGGAGGGAACGCUGAGGUGUGCCAGAUCUUAAUGGAGAACGGAAUCAGCCCCAAUGUACAGGACCAAGCAAAACGGACUCCACUGCAGUGUGCUGCCUAUGGUGGCUACAUCACAUGCAUGGCUGUCCUGAUGGAGAAACACGCUGAUCCAAACAUACAGGACAAGGAGGGGCGGACUGCUCUCCACUGGUCGUGCAACAAUGGCUACCUGGAUGCCGUGAAGUUGCUGCUGGGCUACAGCGCCUUUCCUAACCACAUGGAGCACACAGAGGAGAGGUACACACCGCUGGACUAUGCGUUGCUGGGGGGCCACAGCGAGGUGACCCAGUUCAUGCUGGAGCACGGCGCUCUGUCCAUCGCCGCCAUCCAGGACAUAGCCGCCGCCUCCAUUCAGGCCAUCUACAAGGGCUACACGGUCCGCAAGGCUUUCAGGGAGAGGAAGCAGCUCCUCAUGAGGCACGAGCAGCUACGCAAGGAUGCCGCCAAGAAGCGAGAGGAGGAACUGCGGCGGAGAGAAGCCGUGCAGCAAAUCUCGGUGGCCGCGGCCGAGGAACGAAAAUUGUCUUCAGAGACGAGUGAGCAGGAGAAACUCUCCUUGGUGAACCGAGUGGCAGAUUUAUCCGUGAAAGACUCAGUGGUGGAGACAAAGAAAGCAACUAAACCUGAACGGAGGGACAGAGAGGAGAGACACAAAGGCCAUCGGAGCAGAUCCACAAGGAGCAAAGCUGCUAAUCCACCUGACACUCCAAGCCCUGAAAGUCACAUGACAUGCGACACGACUACCAGGCUGAAGGACCCGCUUUCUCCGAGCAGCUCAGGAUCAUCCAGGCACUCCUUCACACGUAAAGUCAAGGAGCAAAGACCCACCUCGUUCACAAGCACCCCUUACACGGUCGUCUUGGAUGCAGACCAAACAGCCGCCGUACCGCCGAGAAAGACUGAUUCCCUGAAGAACAGACACCACAAGGCCAAAGAUCCCGCUCACUUUGCCGGAGCCUCUUUGCACACGAGAAGCCCUUUGAGAAAACAUCACGCCGUCACAAGCGCCCUAAAAGGACACGACAGAGAGCAGCGCAGGAGGAAGCACGAAGCAGCCAGGGUCAUCCAGCGAGCAUGGAGAAGGCUCCUCACACGCAGACACAGUGAAGGCAAGGCCUGCAAGGGGGUGGAGUUAAGUGUUUUAAACCACGCCCACACCGAGAAGAGACGGACAGAGAUGCGAGCUCCUCUUGCAAAACCUCCAGCCACUACUAAGACGUCGGUGCUCCAAAACAUUUAUGGAAACUCCUUGGCCGUACGAGGACAUCCUUCAUUCCGGGGGUCUCAGCUGCUCCUGAAUGUGCCUUUACGCACGCAGAGCCAAUUGAGCGGGUUGGACUACGUGCACCUGACUGAUGCGGUGAAUCAAGCCAGGCAGUUCUCCUACCACCUGAGGCCGCAAAGCUCCAGCCAGGGUCGAGGCCAUCGAGGAAAGCGGUGACGCACACCCGCGUGCACCUCAGUACUUUUUUUUUUAAUGUUUUCUCAGUUGGCUGGCAGCCCUUACUUCCCCGGAAUUACUGCACACAUUGUCGGCUUCUAAAAUUAAGCCGUAUGAUAUCACAGCCAUGACCUCACGGGGCGGGGGUUAAGUCUACCGAAGUGACGAGUGUAAAAGAUAACCUUUCAUCCAUUGUGAGACAAACACAUGUGCGCACAUGCGCGCGUGCGUGACUCUCACUCACACACUGAGAUAACCUUUCCUCGUGUUGCGGAGAAUGAGCCAGUCUAUCAACAGCCACUCAUGAACUCAGCCCACCUGCAGAAACACACACACACACACACACACACACACACACAAACGAAAUCUAAAAAUAUGUCGGGUCCAUUCCUGGGUCCGUUUACAUUAAAAACACAAGUACCACAGGUGCCACCUCAUUUAUAUGCUCGCUUUAGCAAAACCUCAACGUCAUAUUUCUUCCUGAAAUCUGCACUCAAAUUAUUUUUUGAAGCAUUUUCUUGUUACCACCCUCGCCCCCUCAUUUUUUAUUUUUUUUUAAUGGAAGAAAUGAGGUGAACAAACUAUUUUCCUGAAUUCUGAAUUCAAAUCUAGCUUUUCCUAAAUUUGUUGUGUAUAUGUAAAAAUGUGUUUACGUAUGGAAAUGAUUCAAGUACAUAAAGGUAAAAACAAAUUGGCAAACAUUGGCCAUUUGGCUGAUUGUUUUGAUCGAUGCUUGAAGGGUCAUCUUCUGAUUUAAUCUUAUAAUAAAUACAAACAACAGUGGACACGUCAUGCUGUGGAAAUGUUUUAUUUUUUUUCCCCCCAAUUACACACACACACACACACACACAACACAACACGAUAUUUCCACCAAAACAAGAGGCAGGCGAAAGCACGGUGAAGCUCUUUAAAAAAAAAAAAAAAA